AUACGGCCGGGGUGGCCGCCUUGCUCGGGGGCGGGGGAGAGGGACUGAGUUCGGCCCGAGUUGGAGGUCGCAGAAUUUCUCCCUCUUUUUUUGCACUAUUUUCCUGCCGCCUCCACCCCCUCCCCCUCCCCCGCGACCCAGCCUGGCUUUCCUGGCCCCUUCCUAGUCCUGCCCUUGCCACCCCGCACCCCGGUUCGACCAUGGCGCCUUCUUGUCGGCCCAGCAAGAACCGUCCGAGCCGGGACGAGGAGGAUUUGUACGAGACCAGAGGAGACAGGAAGGCGAGGAAGCCGCUGGUGGAGAAGAAGCGGCGGGCGCGGAUCAACGAGAGCCUGCAAGAGCUGCGCCUGAUCUUGGCGGACACGGAGUUCCAGGCGAAGAUGGAGAACGCGGAGGUGCUGGAGCUGACCGUGAAGCGGGUGCAGGGGAUUCUGCAGAGCAAGUCUCUGGAUAGUGAUAAACUGCUGCAGAGGGAGGCCAGCGAGCGAUUUGCUGCUGGGUAUAUUCAGUGCAUGCAUGAAGUUCAUACAUUUGUUUCCAACUGCCCGGGGAUCAAUUCCACCAUUGCAGCAGAGCUGUUGAAUCACCUUCUAGAGUCCAUGCCUCUUAACGAGGGAAGUUUCCAGGACCUCAUUGUGGAUGUCUUGUCAGACCCUUCUAUCAGCCAGUGGCCUAGUGGUGAAGGGUUCCCCCAGAUAUCUGGGACAUCUUCUGGAGCUCCAAGCCUGCACAGUCCCACUUCACCUCUUCUGUCACCAUCCUUCAGUGAAGAGGUUUGCUCUGAUCUCGAAGACACAGAGGCUGAGCAAAGCCACAUCUCUUUGGAUGGACUGGUCAGGUCUAGGACGCACAACGUGCCUUCCUCCAGCCUUUCCAAAUCAAUGUGGAGACCUUGGUAAAAAAGAACUGAAACAAAGGAACCAACGAAGAUCUACCUAAUAGGGAGAAUACUUGAGCACUGUGUUCUUCUAGCCAUUGGAAUAUAGACGGUGAGGAUUUCAGACGGUGCAUUUGUGUCGUGUUAUAACUGUGUUUCAAGACUGUAUAGAUGGCAUUCUUACCUGUCAAACCCUGACAGGCUAAUAGCUGGAUGUGUUAACAUUUCAUCUGUAUGUGUGAGAGAUGAGUUUUGUAAGUCCUGGUUUCUUUUAUUAAGGGUGUGGGGUUUAAAAGGAUGGAAGUGUUCAAGCAAAGCUCUUUUGAUGAUGAUAUACAACAGUGUUUGGCAACUUAUUUCUGUUUUCUUUUUGGGUUAUUUUGCGGGAGAUUUGGCCCUAAGAAGUGACCCAGAUAUCACUACCUUUUUUUGGUUAGGAAGAUGUUGUGCAUUUGAAAACUUGGUGGUUUAAUCCAACAAAUGAUAUGAAGUUUUAAGUGUCUGUGCACAACUUCAAAUGUUCUAGCGAUAGCGUAACGAAGGGAAAUCCCUGAAAGGGAUUGAUGAGGCUAAUCUAAUGAUAAAUUUAGUGAUCUAGGAUCUCGCCUUCAGUGAAGGGAGAGAAAACUAGAGGCCAGACUGGAAUUAGGUAAGCAUUUAAAUAUUGGUGUCAGGGUGCCUUCUAGAAUUGUGUUUUAUGCACAUCUUCUAGUGCAUUUGAAUUUUUUGUGGUAUGUAUAUUAGCUUGUCAAAUGUUUUAUUUUUAACCUUUUAAUAAAAAAAUUAAAUUCACCAAUGAUUGCAUGUAUUUUGGGGUGUGGCGCUUCUGCUCUAGAAAUUCAGUUCAUGUUAGCAGUUAACUAGCAAUGUAUCCUUGAGUGCAAAUGUUGGUAAUUAAGCACUUAAUUCUUGUACUGUACUUGUCUGUUCAAGUAUGGGCAGUGGGAACGUUUCAUUGGUUCAGGAUUCUUGUGCUAAUGCAGGGGUGAUGGGUUUGGAGUUUAUGUUUUAAUUUGGGAUACUAAAUUCCUGGGCUUCAUUAUGUGAAUUCCGAAUUUCAGGUUGUCACUUAAAUUGGUAUUUAUGAGUCUUUUAAAAGAAAAAAACAACAACCUUCUGCACUUGUGCUGCUCUGAUUCUGUGUGCAUUCCCUUUGAAGUAAGGCCUGCUGGGUUCAGUUGGGCCUUCUCUGAAGUUGGUGAGCAUAGAAUUGCAGCCUGGUGAAACUUCCCUGUUUGAAUGGAAAAAUCUUUAAAUAACACGCAGUGGAGUAGAAAGCUCGGCGGAUUUGCUAUGACUUUAGCCCUCCUCCAGGUAAAAUCAACCUCUUUUUUGUUUUGUUCUGGGAGUUGUGUGAGCUGUGCUGUUGCCUUUCCACAGAGCUGUCAUUGUAACAUAGGCCAAUGCUGUAAAGUUACUUAACACAUGCAAGUGUUCCGGCAUCACAGAAGGGGAGGGUCAAAAGUAAGAUAAGAGAACUAGCUGUGUAACCUUCCUUUUUGUUACUCACGUGGAAUAAUAAAAGUGGAAACUGUUA